CUGCGCAAGAUCCGGUGCGAAAGAGACGAGCGCCAAACGAGCACCGAGAUACCGUUUGGUACGAGGUUUCUAGCAUCUACAAUCUCGCAAGAUGAGUGAAGAAGUACCACCCGCGCAAACUUUCACUGCUGCGGAUCGCAUCCGGCAGCUGAAUGAGAUUGACCACGAUGUAGCGAAAUUGCUUCAAUCCGCCGGUCUCGCCAUCCAAGCUCUCACCAAUACGAAGCCAGACUCCGACACACCAUUCGACGGCUCCCUUGAAUCGCACAAGGCUCUGUUUAAAGAGGCUACUGCAAAAUACUUCUCACUUCUAUCCUCCAUCGAUGUCCGGCUCCGUCGACAAGUCUACGCCCUUGAAGAAGCUUCUCUUACUACACCUGAUAUGGCCACUAAGGGUGACACUACUGGCGCAGGCGCCGGUGCUGUUGGGGCCGCGGGGGCGGGUGCUGGUGCUACAAACCCUCUGGAUAUCAGUUGGCUGAAUAGCCGGAAGGACACAGUGGGGAAAGACAAGGAGGCAGAGCUGUGGGCUGCCGCGAGGGGUUUCGUGGAGCAACUGGACAAAGCGCCGGACGGACUAAAUGGCUCGAUCAAGCAAGAGGCGGGUGAGUCCGAAAAGAUGCAAGUCGAUUAG